AUGGCGGCGGAGGUGAGCUCCAUCGCCAGGAUGCUCCGCGGGGAGGCGGGGAAGCGUAGGGCCGGCGCCGCCGGGAAGGCGCCGGAGAUGGUGACCAUGGAUCUGCUCGGCGGGUGCGGCGGCGACGCCGGCGGGCAGGACGAGGUCGUCGACCUCGAGGUCAAGGUGCCCGCCGGCUGGGAGCGACGGCUUGAUCUGCUGUCCGGCAAGACGUUCCUGACCCCUCAUCGCCACCAGGCCGCCCAAGACGGGCAGCCGGACCUCAACCUGCCUCCCACGGCGACAACCGCUCCCGCCGCCGCCGUCACCACAUGCGCGGCGGUCUGCACCCUCGACAUGGUCCGCGACGCCCUACAGCGCGCCGCCGCCGCGCGGUCAGCCCGCUCGCCGGACACUUCGUCCUCCUCGUCUGCGUCCACCUCGUCGUCGUGCCCCUCCCUGGGAAAGCGCAGCCGCUCGCCGCCUUCAAGCACGGCGUCGCCCCCCGCGAACCCGGCCAUGCGCGCGUCCGCGUGCCCGUCCUGCCUCACGUACGUGCUCAUCGCCGAGGCCGACCCCCGGUGCCCGCGGUGCGCGUCCAAGGUGCCGCCGCUCCCCACCAAGCCCGCCGUCCACAGCAGCGGGAAGAAGCCGAAGAUUGACCUGAAUGCCGCCGCCGAUGAAACCGAGUGA